AUGGAUAUCCCCGACCUUGUUCAGCAAUUGCAUCUCACAUUUGCCGAUAACAUCAUUGGGCCGAACUCUGAUAACUCGCUUUACGACUUUGAAUUGCGGUUUACGCCCGGUGCUGCUGUAGGACAUGUGCAUGAUUGGUACCCCCUCAACAAAUCGUACUACAAUGGGUUGCAGCGCUUGAACAUUGAGAAGUCGAAUACGAAAAUACCAUUCUUGCAUUGGGGUGAGUGUCUCCACGGUGUGGCGAGCUUCAACCAGAGCGUUUUCCCCCAGGCGCUCGCUUUGGCAUCGAGUUGGGAUACUGGGUUGGUCAAUCGUGUUGGACGGGCUAUCGGUGCAGAGGCGAGAAGUAUUGGUGUUCACGCUUGCCUGGCACCAGUGCUCGAUCUUUGUAAAGAUCCUCGUUGGGGCCGAUGUCAAGAGGCGUGGGGUGAGGACAAAAUCUUGACAUCGAAGAUGGGUGUUGCUUUCUCGUCCGGCUUAUCGAAGAAUGGGUCUUGGGAUCGGCCAGACGCUAUUGUGCCUGUGAUGAAGCAUUUUGCAGCCCAUGGUUCGCCUCAAGGUGGGAGCAACGGCUCGCCGUAUAUGGGGCAUGGCAAUCGUGAGGUGCUGGAAGAGCAUUUGCUCCCAUUCAAGAGCGUUGUGGAUUUGGGUGGCGUGGGGGGAGUGAUGAUGGCAUAUCACGAACUGGACGACAUUCCGAGUCAUGUGAAUCCCAUGUUGUAUGAGCAGCUAGACCAAUGGGGUUUCAGUGGUUUUGUGACAGCUGAUGACACUGGCAUGAAGCAGCUGCAAGUUGGGCAUAGAGUUGCCAGCUCGCCAGCAGAUGCCAUUGCACAGUAUUACAAUGCUGGAGGGAUCGUUCAAUACUACGACUAUCCUCUCUCUACUCUUCUUAAUGCGACACAUGGGCUGCUCUCCAAUGAGACAAUAUCCGAAGAGUUGCUUCGGGAUAAGGUUCGACGCGUACUGGGUAUAAAGUACGACGCCAGAUUGUUUGAAGAGCCUUACAUUGCGGAUGAGAUUGACCCUUAUCAGCUCGUUGAGGAUCAUAUACCUCUAACCUUAGAAGCAGCCCAGAAAUCCAUAGUGCUGCUAGAGAACAGGAACGAAACGUUACCACUUCAAGCAACGGGCAAUGCUCCGAAGUCAAUUGCAUUGAUUGGACCCUUUGGGGAUAUUUUAAACUAUGGCGACUACUCUGGAACCUAUGGAAUGUAUCCUGUUGCAAAUUCUACGACGCUAAGAGAUGGCAUAUUGAAUCAUUUGGGGAACACAAGUACGAAACUCACAUCAAGCGUGGGUGCAAACACUUGGUUGUACAACGCACACUACCCUAUUCCAUCAUCGCAUCUAUCAUCAAAUGGAACCCCUGGAGGCCUACAUGUUACCUACUUCGCACACCCCAAUUUCAGUCACCCUUUGGUCCAGAAGUUAGAAACGCCAGUUGGUACUUGGGGCCUGUACCCGCCUCCUGGCCUUCCCUCGAACAAUUUUAGUGCUAUAUGGGAAGGAGAGUUAGAUCCAGCUGUUGAUAUUGAUGUUGAAGGCUGGUUGGGUGUAGCUCUUGGCCCCAAUACCACUGCCAAAGUAUAUGUUGACGGAAAUCUGCAUGUGGACAUCCCAUCAACAUUCGAGGGUAACAUCAUGUCCAACAUCCCCGACCGAGCCUACAGUUUAGUAAACAGUACCCUUCCUCCUCCUGGUUCAAACCCAAUCACAUUCAAAACCGGUACUAAACAUCACAUUCGUCUCGAAUACCAGACCUGGAAUACGUAUCAAAAGAUAGAGAACGUAGGGAUGCUUAACUCGCAGGUCCUUCUUUUCUGGAACUUGGUGGACCGGAAGUCGCCUAUUGAGAAGAGCGUCGCCGUUGCAAAAGAUGCCGAUGUUAUAAUCCUCACAUUGGGCGCAGCAUGGAAUAGUGACGGCGAAAGCGGUGAUCGUGCGACGUUGAGCCUUCCCGCAAAUCAGACUCUACUCGCAGAGGCAAUCUUCGCCCUGAACAAGCCUGUCGUAUUAGUGCUACAGGGUGGACGGCCGUUUGCGAUUCCCGAAUUCUAUUUUCGAGCUGCUGCCGUCAUAAGCGCCAAUUUCCCAGGACAGAGCGGCGGGCAGGCGAUUGCGGAUGUUCUGUUCGGGAAGGUGAAUCCCGGUGGUCGAAUUCCGGUCUCCGUGCCCAUUCACGAAGGAGCGCUUCCGGAUUAUUACAACUACAAACAGACCGCGAAGAAGAAGUGGUAUCUAGAUAUGGGGUCUUUUCCAAUUUAUCCAUUUGGACAUGGACUUUCGUACACGACUUUCAACGUGUCGAAUUACCGCGCCGCUACCCUGCGAGGAACAAAUAACUUUACUGCAGAAGAUACCAUCGUCUUUGAAGCGGACAUCAGGAAUGUUGGAUCUGUGUCGGGUUCGUAUGUCGCGCAGAUUUAUCUACUACAGAGAGUAUCGCAGAUCUCCCAACCGUUGAAACAGCUCGUCGCAUUCGAACGGGUUUACAUUGAUCCAGGGCAGACUAUCACAGCGCGGAUGGAGCUAGACGUCGGGCGUUACUUACGACUACUGGACAGGAAGUAUCAAUGGACUGUAGAGAAGGGCUUGUACACAUUUGCUAUGUUGGACAACGGUGGAUGGGACGCUUUGUGGAAUGCCAAUGCUGGAGGAAACGUCACAAUGGCUUCUGUUUAA